AUGGACAUAGACUCAACAACGGACAUAGACUCAACGACUGACAUAGACUCAACGAUGUACAUAGACUCAACGAUGGACAUAGACUCAACGAUGUACAUAGACUCAACAAUGGGUAUUGAGUCAACAAUAGACAUAGAAUUAACGAUAGACAUAGACUCAAGAAUGGGUAUUGAGUCAACAAUAGACAUAGAAUUAACGAUAGACAUAGACUCAACGAUGGACAUAGACUCAACAACGGACAUAGACUCAACGACUGACAUAGACUCAACGAUGUACAUAGACUCAACGAUGGACAUAGCAUCAACAAUAGACAUAGACCUAACGAUGGAUGUUGAGUCAAGAACAGACAUAGACUUAACAAUAUACACAGAAUCAGCAAUGGACUUUGAUUCAUCAACCUACAGUAGUUGGCCAUAA